CGCGCACUUUGGUGCUACGAGUUCAAGACCUUCGGGAGAAAGAACACAGAAAGGCGGCGUGGAGGUUAAACGGACGCACGUAACAAACACACACGUUAGUGGAUAUUCCCAAGGGAAUCAUGAAGUCUCCGAGAUUGGCGCGCCAAGCCAAGCUGGUGGUGGACGUGGACGACCUGGACGAGGUGCUAUGCGAGUUCGACGCGGUGAUCGAAGACUUCACAUCCCCGAUGGAGAAGCGUCACUUUCGUUACGACGAGCACCUGCGCAUCGCCAAGAGGCGGAGCAGCGCCAGCGUCAGCGACAGCGGCAUCAGCGACACCGAGAGUGCUGACUCGCUCAACAGAAACAGCUUCAGCUUGAGCGACGAGAGGCUCCACUCACCCACCGCAAUGUCCCAGAUGAGCGGCGCCUCAUCCUCACCGUCACCGAUGUCACCAAAACCCAAACUGGGCGACACCAAAGAACUGGAGGACUUCAUUGCCGACCUCGACAAGACAUUGGAGAGCAUGUGACGUGGGCGGCUGGUGGCCAUCUUGGAUCAUAGCCAUGAAAGAGAGACAGAGGAGUCUGGACUCCCCCCCGGCCCCAACAAACCCGCCACCAAGCUGCACCUGCUCGCCCCCCUGACUGAAUCACCCUCCAACAGGAUACAGCUGCUCAAUGGCUCCAGAUUGUCUUGCAGUCAAGUUGUAGCUAGGCUAGCUCACGUCACCCAAAGGACCUCAUCCAAAUUAGCAUUGCAGUUGGAACACUUGCAGGUCAUGUGAUUACAAACGUUUAGAAUUUGGGGGAUCCAGACAUUUUCGCCACACUGGAAUAAUUUUAUUUGAAUUAACUAUUAUUAUUAUUAUUAUUAUUAUUGUCAUAUUUCAGUUCACUCCCACAUGGAAAGCUACAAUGGGACAGGGCUUUUUUUUUGUAAAAAGAAUAUAUUUGUAAUUUUAUAAAGCUUCAUUAUGUAAAUGUAGUGCUCAUUUUAGUGAAAUAUAUUUUUGUACAUGUAAAUAAUUAAUAUUAAAUGUUCUGAUUAAGUUGGUUCAAAAGAAAGUUUUAAAAAACUGGAAAGCAAGAUUAUGUAUUUAAUACAGCUAAUACCUGCCAGAGAUUAUAUUAAAGUAUGGUUAUUUUAA